AACAAAUCCUCACGGUAAUGACGCGGUAGACCGGCGACAAGCAAAAAAACAACGGGAGAGCCGUGUCUGCUGGAGGGAAUACUGGGGAUAAAUCAAAGAGACACAAACCAUGGCAGUCCGACCACCACAACCACCAACCCAGCACCGUCCCCCGCGCCCAACAAGACGAGGCCCCGCUCCAAGUCCAACCAGCAAUAAGAUAGCCAGCAAGAUAGCCAGCGGAAUAUCCGGCAUAACAGUCAAGCGACUAGUCUGGACAGGCGCCUUCGCCGCCGUUACCAUCGUCGGCGCCAUCUACGGCGCGGGCCUGAAGACGCAAUCCGAUUUCAAGCAGGAGAAGCGCAAGAUCGUCGAGGCUACGCCCGAGGACCGCAUCCGCGAUCUCGAGGCCCGCCGCGCCGCCCUCGUCGCCCAGAAAUUCCCGUUCGAGAGGAAGUUAACUGAUCUGAGGGCGAGGAUGAGCGCGCAGGAGGGGAAGGAUGAUGUGGGAGGUGAGGGGGUGGGGGGUAAGAAAUGAGGUUAGUUGAGUUGGGCAAGACUGGUUAUGAGAAAAUAAUAGGGCUUUAAGAUAAAGUGAGUACGGGAAAAGGGGAUUGGUGGACGAACUACGGAAGACUCGAUGAAUUGCUAGGAUUCAUCUUCCUACGUUACUCCAGUGGAAAUUUACGCCACGCGCCUACGAGAAACGUAAAUAGUGGCUAUGAUAGCCUCCCACCCUACCCUUCAGAUGAGAUGAAGGACAAAAUGCCUCAAUAGAGGAUAUGUACCUAGUCCAAGGACGCACCGCGUAAUACGGCCACGCGUUGAACGCCCU